CCCCCCCCUCCCAAACAACAAAAAAAAAGGGGAAAAAAGCACUUCUGAUUAAAGAAUGAUGCAAAGGCUGAAACUUUUAUCGCCAUUGAAGCAGUCUUUACGAAGAAAUGGCUCUUUGUUCAAUCAAACCAGAACUGGUUUUGCCCUUCCCAGCUAUACCCUUCUCGACUGUCAUCAAGAGCAGGUUUUGGUAGAAGGAAGAGCUAAGUCCAGAGCAGCUGUACUCAACAGGCCUUCUUCACUAAACGCUCUUACUACUGAUAUGGCUGCUAGGUUAAAUAGAUUGUACGAGUCUUGGGAAGAAAAUACAGAUAUUGGAUUUGUCAUAAUGAAGGGUAGUGGCAAGGCAUUCUGUUCAGGUGCGGAUAUGGUGCUGCUUCAUCAGUUGAUUAAUGAAGGAAAGCUUGAAGAAUGUAAAACUUUCUUUCAGACUGUCUAUAAUUUCGUCUAUCUCCUAGGAACGUAUUUCAAGCCAAACGUGGCUAUUUUGGAUGGCAUCACAAUGGGAAGCGGGGCAGGUAUUUCGCUCCCUGGAAUGUAUCGCGUUGUGACUGAUAAGACAGUUUUUGCUACGCCGGAGGCUCAAAUUGGUUUCCAUCCUGGUGCAGGGGCUUCCUAUUAUCUUUCUCGUCUUCCUGGUUAUUUAGGAGAAUAUUUGGCUCUGACAGGAGCAAAACUUAAUGGUGUAGAAAUGAUAGCCUGUGGCCUUGCUACGCACUAUUCUCUGAAAGAAAGGCUUCCUUUGAUUGAAGAACGCCUUGGUAAAUUGAAUACGGAUGAUCAUACUGUGGUUGAAAAUUCUCUUGCUCAAUAUGGUGAUCUUGUCUACCCAGAUAGGGGAAGCGUUCUUCACAAGUUAGAAAGAAUAGACAAAUGUUUCAGCCUGGAUACAGUUGAGGAAAUUGUAGAUGCUUUGGAGCAAGGGGCAGCAGAAUCUUUUGAUGAUUGGUGCGGUACAACUCUUAAAAAAAUAAAGGAAGCAUCUCCAUUGAGCCUUAAAAUCACUUUGCAAUCGAUUAGAGAAGGUAGGUUUCAACCUCUUGAUCAGUGUCUGGCUCGUGAAUACCGGAUAUCCUUGAAUUUCAUUUCUAAACAAGUCUCUAAUGAUCUCUGUGAGGGUGUUCGUGCAAGAUUGGUAGACAAGGACUUUGCUCCAAAGUGGGAUCCACCACAUUUGGAAGAUGUCACCAAGGACAUGGUUGACUCACAUUUUUUGCCUUUGGAUGAAUUUGAAUCUGAAUUAAACUUGCCUACAUCAGUACGAGAACCAUAUGCAUAGUCUCUCCUGAAACAUCGAUGCAGCGGUGAAAUUUUUGGGGUUUUUCACAGCUAUUCUACCUGAUCCAAUGGCUGAAAACGCUUCCAUCUAGGAGUUUUGAGUUGAUGGGUACCAACAUCAUCAGCUUCUCAUCGUCAGGCGUUGCCUUCGUGGGUUUGGGAUACUAAGGUGUCCUGGCAAUUUUUUGUUGGUUAAAAGCGAAAAACCAACAUUCUCCUACUGUGUCUUUACUAGUGACUCCUCCUUGAGUAGCAUGAGUAGAUUUUAUUCAUCAGCAUUGUCUUUUCAGAAUAGCAUGAGAUGUAUCAUCUAUAUGUGUGUGCUCAUUUAGUUUGGGAUACAUCUUUAACAUAGUUUUGCAAGCUGCGUCUCAAUUGGUAUGGUCUGUUAGAUUA